AUGGAUUGGACGGGGCAAGUAGAAAAACAGACGGUAUGGGUGAUGAAUCGAACAUCGAAUAUGAUAGCGUUUAAAGUCAAAUGUUCUAAUAAUAGAGCAUUCUGGAUCAAACCAGUAUUUGGCACCAUAGAAAGCGGCGAAGCAGCGGAGAUAGAAGUACAUUAUAAUGCAAAGAAAACGCUAAAAAGUAACGACAAAAUUGUCAUAUGCACUGCUAAGUACAGUCCUGAAAAUGGGCCGCUUACUGCGUUUUUCAAACUGCCGACGACUGUCACGGAAGAUAAAGAAAUUCGUCAGAGGGCUGCAGCAGUACCAGCUCGGGGGCAGCCGCCACCAGAACCGGCAAAAGCAGAUAACCAUGUCGAAAUAUUAAGAUGCUAA